UUAUUUUAACUUCAUACAACACUCUCAACUUUCCCCUCACAGCUGACAGAGGAAAAUGAACUGGGGCUUCUUGGAGAACAUCCUCAGUGGUGUGAACAAGUAUUCCACUGGCAUCGGGCGGAUCUGGCUCACUGUGGUCUUCCUCUUCAGGAUCUUGGUGUACGUGGCGGCGGCUGAGCAGGUAUGGAAGGACGAGCAGAAGGACUUUGUCUGCAACACACGGCAGCCUGGAUGUUGGAACGCCUGCUUCGACUACUUCUUCCCCAUCUCCCAGGUGCGCCUCUGGGCUCUGCAGCUCAUCAUGGUGUCUACUCCGUCCCUGCUGGUGGCACUGCAUGUGGCCUACAGGGAGCACCGCGAGGCCAAGCACAAGUGUAAACUGUAUAAAGACAAAGGCAGCAUUGAUGGGGGCCUCUUCACCACCUACGUCAUCAGCCUGUUGUUCAAGACGGCUUUUGAGGUGGGCUCCCUGCUGGUUUUCUACUUUGUCUACAAUGGCUUUGACGUGCCUGUACUGUACCGCUGCAGCCAGAGUCCCUGUCCCAACACGGUGGACUGCUACAUCUCCAAAGCCACCGAGAAGAAGAUCUUCCUCUACAUCAUGGGCUGCACCUCUGUCCUGUGCAUCAUUCUGAAUUUGGUGGAGAUGGUGUACAUCAUUUGGAAACAGUUGUGGAAGUGUUUCUCCAAGCGACAACAAUGGGAUUUAAAACGUUUUCCAUCAGGAGUGAAGCAUUCGGGUUGGGUGCAGGUGCUGACUGAUGGGGGGGUACGGGGAAAUAGAUAACAUUCUUCCUCUGAGCUGCUGCGUUACCUUGCUGGUUCUGAGGUGAAGUGACCAAACUAGGAUUGACGACGCAUGGUUUUGGCGGCGCUGGGGCAUAGGUUAUCUUGA